CCUCCUUAUCCUUAUCUCGCCCACCGUUCUAAAACCCUUCCCUUCCUCUCCUUCCACUUCUAUCUCUCUCUCACACAAAUAUUCAGCAAGCAAAUGGCUUCUUCUAUCGUUACCUCAAGCUUGAAGCCCUUAGCCAUGGCUGAUUCUUCCUCUUCUACCCUUUUCUCCCAUCCUUCCGUUUCCACUUCCAUCUCUUCCUCCAGAAUUCGCUGCUCCAAUGUUUCUCUCCUCACCGGACGCAUUAACAUGCCCCUCUCUUUCUCCAGCUUCUCCCUAUCUCUCAAAUCCAAAACCCACCUUCAAAAGUCCCCCUUUGUCUCCUUCGUUGCCCAGACUUCGGAUUGGGCUGAAGAAGGUGGGGAAGUAAACGUCGCCGUUGAGGAGAACGAGGACACUUUCGAGUCACAAGAUGGGGAAGCAGAUGUCAGCGAAGGAGCUGAUUUCCCUGAGCCACCGGAAGAAGCCAAGCUCUUCGUCGGGAAUUUGGCUUAUGAUGUUGAUAGCCAAGCCUUGGCUAUGCUCUUUGAGCAAGCCGGUACUGUUGAAAUCGCUGAGGUUAUAUACAAUAGGGAAACCGACCAGAGUCGUGGGUUUGGAUUUGUCACAAUGAGUACGGUGGAAGAAGCUGACACAGCUGUCGAGAAGUUCAACCGUUAUGAUUUGAACGGACGUCUUCUAACAGUCAACAAGGCAGCUCCAAGAGGAUCACGUCCAGAACGGGCACCUCGGGUAUAUGAACCUGCAUUCAGAGUCUAUGUAGGGAAUCUCCCAUGGGAUGUGGACAAUGGUCGUCUAGAACAGGUUUUCAGUGAGCAUGGUAAAGUUGUGGAAGCUAGGGUGGUUUAUGACCGUGAGACAGGUCGUUCACGUGGAUUUGGGUUUGUCACAAUGUCUAACGAGACUGAACUUAAUGACGCCAUCGCUGCUCUUGAUGGACAGAACAUGGAGGGUAGAGCAAUCAGAGUGAAUGUAGCGGAAGAGCGUCCAAGGCGUGGAUUUUAAAGCUGAGAUUAUCUGUGCCCUCUCUCUCCCCCCUCUUGCAUUUUGUUUAGACGAGAUUCUUACACUCUUCAACGAUUGUUUUUGGCUGAACUCUAAAUGCGAAAGUUAAGCUUCUUCUAAAGUAAUAUGUAUUAUUUCUCUUUGAUGAUCUAUAGUUCAUAUUUUAAUUUCCUAA